GCAGAAUUGUUUCGUUGCUGCCGUGUCGGAAUGCGGACCCACGACAACAUGUGUCACAUGUCGGAUGGUCUGUGUGUGUGUGUGUGUGUGUUUGUUUGUUUGCUAGUUUGGCUGUCAGCUGUUUGCGGAAUCAGGAGGACGAGCACAGCUCGUCAUGUGACAUCGCAGAUCGUCUACGUCGGGGAGCUCGCCUCCCACUGCCGCGCGUUGACGUGCCCGAGUGCUUAGCUCUUUUACGUUCUUGUUGACGGUGUGUGAGCUGGAGCGGGAAGGUUACAAAGUCGUCUUGAACGACGCUCACGUUUGGAACGAGUGGACUUCACAUCGAGUUCACGUUUGGCACAACCGACGAAGUGACGUCGGCGCUCGCCAAUAGACGAUCUGUGGCGUUCCCCGGCUAACUAGCUCCGAGACGCCAUCGGUGCUUUGGCGUCACUUUGACGAGCACUUGGGCCUCUUUCAUGUCGACAAGUCAGUCCGGGGUCCAUUUUAGAGUCAAGGCAGUUGUCAAGGUGUCUGCUUUGAUUUGCGGUUCGGCUUUUCGCUGAUAGGAAGACGACGCGCUUAAGUGUUAGCAUUAGUGGCGGAAGGCAAGAGAAGGGGGCUAGCUUGUUGCGACACGGAUAGCGGCCGCCAUGGCGGCAGCGGGCGGCGGCGGUAAAAGCUUCUCGUUUAAGGUGGUGCUGCUGGGCGAAGGCUGCGUGGGCAAGACGUCCAUGGUACUGCGCUACUGCGAGAACAAAUUCAACGACAAGCACAUCACGACUCUUCAGGCGUCCUUCCUCACCAAGAAGCUCAACAUCACGGGCAAGCGGGUCAACCUCGCCAUCUGGGACACGGCGGGCCAGGAGCGCUUCCACGCCUUGGGUCCCAUCUACUAUCGAGACUCCAACGGAGCCGUCCUGGUCUACGACAUCACCGACGAAGACUCCUUCCAGAAGGUGAAGAACUGGGUGAAAGAACUGAGGAAGAUGUUGGGCAACGACAUCUGCUUAUGUAUCGUAGGCAACAAAAUCGACUUGGACAAAGACCGCAACGUUUCCACGGAGGAGGCGGAAAGUUACGCGGCAUCGGUGGGGGCCAAGCACUACCAGACGUCGGCCAAGCUCAACGGCGGCAUUGAGGAGCUCUUCUUGGACUUGUGUAAACGAAUGAUGGAGGCCGCUCAGGUCGAAGAGCGCUCCAGGGGAAACGGCGGCGGCCAAUCGGCGUCCGCUCGAAGAGGCGUCCAGAUUGUGGAUGACGAAGCACAGGCCCCGCCCGCCGGGGGAUGCUGCUUGUCUGGCUAGCGCGCGUGCGCGCGCCAGACCCUCCCGGAUCCGUGAGUGUUGCUAAGAAUCUCGCAAGUAGCGGCAAACGCGCCGGCCACGGUUUCGUGUCCAAUUGCGAGUCGACGUGAGAGCGGUCACCUCCCGACCCAUAAAAUGGCGGCGCGUGUUUGGUUGGGAAGCACAAAAUGGUGUCCAAUCGGCAACAUUCCUCAUGAUUAACACGCGCGCUUUUGCAUGCUUGACUGUAACGGCAAAACUUGUGUUCAUUAAACGCUUCUUGAAAG